AUGCGCACCUAUGCGACCCCAGUAGAGUUUAAGCAGCCCAAAAACGAUCCGCAGCUCGGUGAUUAUCCACAAAUACCUCCUAUUUCCGUACAACGUCGGCCUGCGAAGGGCUGGUGGAAUCUUCAGGACCGACGUAACUUUGGAGAAACUCUCCCAGAGCAGCAUGAAAUCCUUUCCAUCUGGGCCCCAGAUGUCUUCAACAUCUCGCGAGCAAAUGCAUUGAAGCAAUUCGGCAUCGCUGUGACUAUUUUCUUGGGCUUUGUAAUGGCAGUUAAAGCGAGCGUCCCAGAACGACCAGCUGCGCCUCGGAGUUACCCUUACGGCGGAUUGGUUACGGAAUUGGGUGGAUUAGAUGCAAACAAGGCUGCAGUAUACGAACCUGAGGAGGAAUGA